UUUAUCCUUGUGGAUUUUGAGUGGAGCUCCCUUUCCACUAGAGCAUUGCUCUGUACCCUCCCUCUUUCUUCCUACAGCCUUGCCAUGGCCAUGAAUGGCCUCAUCAUCUUCAUCACCUAGACAGAUCCUAGGCUUAACAGCCCCAUGUACUUUUUCCUUCGCCACUUGUCCUUCCUAGAGUGUUUCAUCACCACCAUCAUCCCGUGGAUGCUGAUCCACCUGGUGUCCUUUGCCUCUUGCUUGACCCUGAUGUAUCUAUUUGGUUUUGGUAUGAGUGUGGCUGAAUGCAUCCUCUUGGCUUUUAUGGCCUAUGAUCAUUAUGUUGCUAUCUGCCACCUGCUUAGCUAUGCCCAGAUCAUGAGCGAGCAGGUCUGUAUGAGUACUGCCAGGUUCUUUGGGCUGAUCAAUGGCAUCCUGCUUGAUUACAUGACACUUUGUGGUCCAUUCUGGAGAGACAACCACAUAUAAAGCUUCUGUGAGGUCCCCAUAGUCAUCCUGUCUUAUGGAGACUCCCAGUUUAGUCCAAGGGUGAUCUUUAGGGAUGCCAUCAUGGUGCCGCUCAGCCCCAUGGUGCUCAUUGUCAUCUCCUGUGCCCACAUCUUGGCCUCUAUUAUCAGUAGAACCUCCUUUUCAGGUCAGGGGGAGACCUUCUCUACUUGCGCCUCCCAUCUGACUGUAGUCAUCUCUUUCUAUACCUCGGCCAAUCCUGACAAAGACAAUCCUUUCUCCCUCCUCUACGCCAUCAUCACCCCCAUGUGCAAACUCACCAUCUACAGUUUUGAAACAAGGAAAUGA